GCGGGGCGGCUCCGGACGGCGGGCGGCAGAGCCGCGGCAGCUCCGCGCAAGACGGGAUGGGGCUGGAGCUGUACCUGGACCUGCUCUCGCAGCCCUGCCGCUCCAUCUACAUCUUCGCCCGGAGCAACAACAUCCCCUUCGAGUUCAAGCACGUGGAGCUAUUCAAAGACUCGGUGCUGGGGAAGAAGCCGGCGGCGGGGAGCGGCGCGGAGCAGCCCCGCGCAGGGCCAUCAAAUAGUGAAGGCACUGGCAAAGUCAACCUCUUAAAGAAAGUACCAGCACUGAAGGACGGAGACUUCACCCUUGCAGAAUGCACUGCCAUUCUGCUGUACCUGAGUCGAAAGUACAACACUCCUGACCACUGGUACCCAUCAGACAUACAAAAACGGGCCCGGGUAGAUGAAUACCUCUCCUGGCAUCAUGCCAACAUCCGGGCUAACGCUCCUAAGACCAUGUGGAUCAAGGUGCUCAUUCCCCUCUUCACAGGGCAGCCACUGCCCUCUGAGAAGCUCCAGGAGGUUAUGGAUGGGCUGUCCACUUCCCUGAAGCAAUUUGAGGAGAGGUUUCUGCAGGACAAGGCUUUUAUCAUCGGGAGUGAGAUCUCCCUGGCGGAUCUUGUGGCCAUUGUGGAGCUGAUGCAACCCGUUGGAGUUGGUUGUGACAUCUUUGAGGACAGACCCAGGUUGAUGGAGUGGCGCAGGCGGGUGGAGGAUGCUGUGGGGAAAGAGCUUUUCUUCCAAGCCCACGAGAUGAUCCUCAAUAUCAAAGAACUGAGCAACAUUCAAAUUGACCCACAGCUGAAAGAGCAGCUGGCGCCUGUGUUGAUGAAGAUGUUGAAAUGAAUUAACCUAUCUUACAAUUUUUCCUGCCUUUUUUUUUCCUUUUUUUUAACUUCUUCUCUGACCUCCAGUUCUACAUGUAACUGGAAAGAGCACUGUAAUUCUAACACAGAAAUUGUGGAGUGUUUUCCCCCUGGGCCAGGCCUUUCUUGUAUCUUUGGAGGUAGAAGCUGGGGAAGGUUUAAGAACUGAAACAUUAAAUCUAUACAGAAGGCUGAGGCCCUACAGGUCACUUAAUAUGCAUCUGGAUUUUAUUUAGGUGUCAGUCUUUUCAGUGAUGGUAGAGACAAGAAUGGUAUUUCCUGACAGAAUCUGAGCCAGCCUAUAAACUGGGAACAUUAGAGAACUGAAUAGGAUGAGAAUUGUUGUUUUCAUGAGUUUUUAACAUUUACACUGCAAAGUGUGCCUAAUCCUCAUCUUCCAGCACGUCUGCGCAGACAAUUACAGCACAAAACUACUUCAUAAAAGUGGACGAAAUUUAAUUUUUUUUUUUUUAAGUUUCUUAUUUCUGAGGCAUCUUGCUUGGCUGUCCAUGUACAUUCCACAGUUCCAGCUGCCUUUAGGUUCCUGUGACAAAUUUCUUUGUAUUCAUCUGUAACUGUGAAUCUUUAUAAUUCUUCAGUUUAACCACUGCCUUUGAUUUCUGCAAGCCUGCGUUCCCUUGGUGCUCAGUCUGGGGCAGGGGCUGUUCUUGGAGAUCUGUGCAGGAAAGACCAAGUCACUUCAACAAGCUGGUGAUGGCCACAGCCUUGGAAUCACUGCCUACCUAAAAUACCACGUUGAUAUGAUAGAGGAAGUACUCUGUAAGAAUGCAUUCACAGUGAUUUCUUGAAAUAAUAUAUAACAGUAAACAAAUGAUUUUUUUUCUGUGGUAAUACUGUAACAGCAAUCCACAUUUCUCCUAGGAAAUGGAUAGGGGGAAUAAAUGCAGACAGGGAAUAAACACAGACAUGAUCUUCUGUUUUGGAUGGAAGUUCACCAAGUGACCCUGUGCAGCUGAAGCAAUAAGAGAGACUUUGUGGCAUUGAGCAAUAUAUGCCUCACAAUGAAAGGGCAGAGAGUUGUUUUGCAGCUUUUGGGCUCUUUUCCUUGGCUGUUUGUUUCUGGUUAGCUGUAGCUCAAAUACAAAAUCCUUUUGUACUGCAGCACAAUUUAUGAGGUAAAACUGAGCGAAUCCAACCAUUUCUAGUUCCUUCAGUUGAAAAUAACAAAUUGUAAAAGAUGCAGAAAUGGGUGGAAUAUACAUCUGUGUAUUUCCCUUCAUAAGUAGUUAUUGCCCUUGAACCUUACCCUGAAAUCCUUGCCCAAGAACUCGUCCUGUUAAAGACUAAGACAAAAUGAGUAAUUAAUUCAGGAAUUGCUUCUCUGUUUUUUUGUUGUUUUUUUUUUCCCCAGUAGUACCAUGUCUUGGCUGGUGUCACUUUUUCUGGCAAAUUCUAUAAAACUGAUAUGUUUUCAUGAUGUCUUUCAUUAAAGUUUCAGUUCUAGAUACUGUCUAAUCUAGAGCCCAGAGAGAUCUUUAAAUUCCCUGUCUGGAAAGGGAACUCAUUUAUAUACUUCAGCUUGCAUUAGCAGGACAUUUUGUUUUGUGAUUAAGUUCUCCAGGAAGUCAAGAGAUGUGACUGAAGACCCUCUCUGAGGGAGGUCUAUUUCCCUACUGGAAAUAGGCAGAUAUUUUUUCCUAACCUUCCUUUCUUCCCAACCAUGAGCUGAAUAAUGUGUUUUUAUUGAUGUUUUGUUCACAUAAUAUUGUCCACAACUGACUUAAAUUUUAAAUGGGAAGUGGAUGAUUUUUUUAAUAAUAUUGAGAGUGGAAUCUUGAAGUGGAUGAUGAAACUGCAAAUGUCUGCAGGAGAGAAAAAUCUCAUCAUUUUUGAAAGGCUGAGCAUGUUUGAGACUGUGAUGUCCUGUCUUGGUUGUUUGUCCUCCUACAAGCAUUUUAACUGUCUAAUCUGAGACAGAAACAAUAAAACAAAUGUCUUUAGUUUAAUAAAA